AUCAUGUAGUCACGCCUUUUUAACUGUGGCGGUCGCUUCUUCGCAAACUAAAGUUUUGCCUUCAACAUGGGGAAAGUCAUCUAUAUCUCGCUUGUAAUAGCUGCAUUAUCGGCGCUGUUGGGCGAGAGGAUUCUCAACUUGAGGAAAAGAGCUCUCGCCUCCAGGGAGGUGGUCAAUAAACAUCUGCCCAACUGUGUCGCACUGAAAAACGUGGAUUCUGGGUCAGAGGAUAUCACGAUCCUGGGGGACGGGCGCGCCUUUAUCAGCACUGGCCUCAAGUAUCCUGGCAUGCCGGUCACAGAAGGGAUCGGAAAGAUGUUGUUGCUUGACGUCCAGGACAGCCGGAUGAAACCUGUGGAGCUGCGAAUGCCGAGAAACUUCGACCUGGAGUCUUUCAACCCGCACGGCAUCAGCGCUUACGUCGACCCGCGUGAUGACACGGUCUACCUGUUCGUGGUCAAUCAUCCUCAACACAAAACCCAGGUGGAGAUAUUCAAAUUCGUUGAGGACGACCUCUCUCUGCUGCACGUGAAGACCAUCAAACAUGAGCUCCUCUACAGUGUGAAUGACAUCGUUGCGGUGGGAGUCGACAGCUUCUACGCCACCAACGAUCACUACUUCGCCCAGGAAUUCCUCAAAGCUAUGGUGGAGCCCCUGCUGUGCCAGCCCUGGUCUAACGUUGUGUACUACAGUCCAAACGAAGUCAAAGUGGCCGCCGACGGUUUUUACUGUGCGAACGGGAUCAACCUGUCACCCGACAAAAAGCACAUAUAUGUCGCAGAUAUAUUUGACCACACUGUGCAUGUGCUGGGGAUAAAAGAUGACAAUUCACUGGCCCCUGUGAAGACCGUGGCCGUCGGCUCCCUCGCUGACAAUAUCGAAGUCGACCCUGAAAGCGGCGACCUCUGGAUAGGCUGUCACCCUAACGCCUGGAAGCUUUUGAUAUUUGACCCCAACGACCCGCCAGGAUCGGAGGUCAUCCGCAUCCAGAACAUCCACUCCGACGAGCCGGUGGUGACUCAGGUGUACGUGGACGACGGCCGUGUGCUCAUGGGCUCGUCUGUAGCAGCCGUCUACGGAGGAAAGCUGCUCAUCGGCAGCGUGUUCCACAAAGCCCUGUGCUGUGAUUUGGAGUGAGCACGGAGUGUUGCAGCCUGUCCUGCUUUUAAAAUGGUAGUUUUCAUCUGGAAUGGAUUAUUGAAUCAAAGAUAAAGAAACAGAGAGCUGUUCCCUUUUAUUAAUCAAGCUGAUAAGUGAGGACCGAACUAAACCAAAGUUAACCACUUGUGAAAGUGUUUGUCAUUUUUUUUCCUAUAUUGUGUAAUUUUUUUUAUUUUUGGCAGAGUGCCACCUGUACUAAUUCAUAGACUUAAAAACAAAAAAAGUGCAGGAAAAGCAUCUCACUCUCAGGGAUUUGAACAGAAUUACAACUAUGUUGCACUCACAAAUCCGGAUAAACGGCUCCACCGCAAACAAAGAUAGUUUCACCACUCUGCAGCGUAAACUGCUCAUUUUGCCCUCAGAUCCUGAAGUAUAUAUUUUCUCUGUGGAAAAGGUAGAUCUGGUUUAGCUCUUUCCAAACAGGACAAUGAAAUCUGAUCACUACUUUGUCAUGUUUUCUGCAAAGAGGAAAUUCAAGUCUGCCCUGCAGAAAACGAGGAUCUGAUAGCAGCUGAAAUGUCUCGGUCUGAGGCGUGUCUGAGGAUCCCUCACACUGGGCCGGAAGAGGAUCAGGUUUCUUUUACCCAGACAGUGAUUUCAACACCUGUGAAUUUCUGUAACUAGCCAGAAAUCUGUGCAUCUGUGAAAUAAAACAAUGCCUCAAAGGAAGCGGUGUAUGCAGUGGUGUGUUUCCUGUCAUUGUUGAUUCAAAUGCAUCGUGUAUUUGUG